UCCAGUACAACAGUUUCCUUCCUGAUAAAGAGAAGGAACAGAAAGAAAAGAAGUUCUGUUAGAUACUGAGUGAGAUCUCUUUCUCUGUGUGUGUGUGUGUGUGUGUGUGUGUAGGAUAGAGAGAUGGUGGUAGUGAAACUGUGAGGGUGAUGGAGAAGAGAUGUGGUUAUCUGUUUUCGAUGGGUGUGUUAAGAACUAUUAAAAAGUGAGUAAGCGCAUGCUUCUCUGCGUGCGUCUGCGUGUGCGCCUCCCUUCGCUAAAACGGAUUUGACCCGCUGGAAUUUCCAGCAGUAAGGAAGAAGUGUGACAUUCAGUUAUAGCUCACAGAAAACCCUGGUCUGGAUUUCGGGCCAGGGCCAGAGACGGGCCAAAGGCAGUGUAACGGCGAGGGUGUUGACGCAGUGUCCAGUCAGCUGACAGCGGUGGGAAAGUCAUCUCAGAGACGUUGGUGACGACGGCCACCAUCUUUGAAGCCGCGCCGUGGAACAACAGGAAGGGACGUGUCGGAAGGGAUUUGUGUGGAAUAAAACAGCGUGUGCACAUUUUCGUGUUGGACUGCAUUGUUUGUGGAAGUGUUGUUGUACCGCCAGGGCAUUUGAACUUUAGACCUUCGGAGUUGGUCGGAUUCUGAAAACAGCAAAACCCCUUCCCCUGCUGUUGGAAACUGAGAAAAACUCUUUUGUCUGUCUGUCCUGCUGUCUCUAUCCUUAAAGUUCUCUGACCUACCUGCUUGCUGGUCUCGCUCCUCUCUGUAGUUCCUCUCUUCCUUUCCUUUCCUUUGGCCCGUGUUGUUUUUCUCCCUCUCUGACUCUCUCUCUCUCCCUCUCUGACUCUCUCUCUCUCUUUCUCUCUCUCGCUCCCCCUCUCUUCUCGCUCACCCUGUUGCAAGACCUCGCUCUCUGCUGCCCCGGAGGGAAGGUUCCGGAGAUGUCAGCCAAGGCCCCCAUCUACCUGAAGCGCCGCAGCCGCAAGGGCAAGAAGGAGAAGCUGCGUGACCUCCUCUCCUCCGACAUGAUCAGCCCUCCGCUCGGAGACUUCCGCCACACCAUCCACAUCGGCAGUGGAGGCGGCGCCGACGACCUCUUCGGUGACCUCUCUUUCCUGCAGGGCAAGUUCCACCUGUUGCCCGGGCAACAGGGCCGCCACGCCCUGUCGCAGUACGCCGCGGGCGGCGACGAGUUCCAGUUCAGCCGCACGUCCAGCGUGAGCGGGCACCUGCCGUCGUCUGAGAGCUCACCGCUGCUCAAGAACGCGCUGUCCCUCCCGGUCAUCGGCAGUGUGCAGGCGCUCACUCUGCCCGCCACUGUCUCCACCGCACCCCAGCCCCCUUCAUCACCCCCACAGACCGCACCCCACUCCCCUCCUCUGCCCAACCAGGCCCCACCACCCAAGCCUCCCAGACUGCACUUGGAGGACCGCGCCCUGACGUCGUCACCUCCGCCCCGCCCCACGCUGGCGUCCCCGGAGCGGACCACGUCCUCGCGCUUCAGCCCGACACGCUCCAUCGAGGACGAGAGCUUCCCCGGUACCCCCGAGGAGGACACGGGGCUCCAGGACAGGCCGUACCUGUCCCACGCUGGCUCCCUGCUGUCCCUGCACCUGGACCUGGGGCCAUCCAUCCUGGACGAGGUGCUCCAGAUCAUGGACAGCCAGCACCUGGGGGGGCUCAAUGGAGGCUGUAUGUCGGGGGGCAGGCAGGAGAUCUACACCUGAAGACAAUAUCCUCCACCCCCCAUCUCACCCUUAACAAAAACACUUCCACACCUCCACCCCAUUCCUUUCACCUCAAUGGACUGCUGCAGCCACCCAAACCCCUUCAGUGCUCUCCUCCCACUCUCUCACCACACACACACACACACACAAACACGCACACACGUGUUGUGUCCCAGCACUCCUCCACUCUAUCGAUAUAUACAUCAGUCUUCCCCAUGGAAAGUAUGUCCGAAGUGUUUUACAGUCUCCUAUUCAAACUCUGGCCUGCUGAAACACUUGGAUUGAUGUGAGCAUUAGUGUUUUUGUGCUCGCUCUCUCUCUCUCUCUCUCUCUCUCUCUCUCUCUCUCUCUCUCUCUCUCUCAGAGGAGGAGAGAAUAGCGAGAGAAGCAGCUUUCCCAACUGCUGCUUAUUAUAUUUCAGAGUGAUUUAUUUUCUUUCUUUUUUUGUCUCUCUCUUCUAUGUUUUUCAAUGAGACUCUUCUGCUGACCUCUACACGCUGUGAAAGAAAAGACCCUAAAACAGCUGAGCUCCAACAUGGCUGAGCUUCAUGUCCUCCUUGCGCCCAGCGUCUCUGUAUUUCUAUUCCUUAUUAAACAGAAUGGACUGCUGGUCAGACUGGUGAAACAUGAACUUGAUAAGAAUUGUGUGUGGGUAUACUGAACUGACUUUUUAGACAUGUUUUUUCCUUUAUACCUUGUAUAGCAAAACCCCUCUGACUUUUCGAGAACGUUUUCAGUCCUGGAGGCAAUCUGCGGUCUACAACCUUGGCCCGGAUUCCUCAGCACAAAAACCUCUUUUCUUUUUUUUUCUCUCUCUCUCUUUCUCUUUUUCUCGAAAGAGAAAAUGCACAGCGGGAACAGUUGACCUUUUCCGAGUGGAGUGAUGACUUCAUCCUGAGUGUUGCAAGUGAGCCGGUGUGUGUGCGGACCCCCUCCCAGUCCCUCUGGGUGUCUCAGUCCAACACUGCAGUGUUUUUUUUUUUACACAGAGCAAAGAAAAAAACACCAAGCUCCACGCACUGCACUAUUCUAAUACAUUUUUACUGGAGUUGAAAAAAUACGUAUUCGACCAAAUCAGAGUGAGUCUGAAACCUCCAUUGAGUGAGUCAGCCCUCUUUAAAAAGCAGAUUGUUUUUGGUUGUUAGUCUGUUCAGUUUUCUGAGGCCUGACUUUUGGAUAGUUGAGGGUGGAGGGGGGCCCUUAAGGGUUGUCUGAGUUUGCGCUGUUCUCUCCUGGGUGUGUUUUGGGAGCUGCAGCUGUGCCGCUGCCCUCUCCCCUUCUCUCUGUCUGUCUCUGGUCGAGGUCCAAGGGAGCAUGGAAGUUGCGCUAGUGUGUUAGCACUGGCCGGCCACCUGCACCUACCUCUUCAGGGGCCUCAUCUCUUGUCAUGGUGGUUGGAAGAGCCACGGGUUUCAUGGACAUGUGGUUGAACUAAGGAGAAUCACAACAAAUGUGAAAGGAAAAAAAAAAAUCUUUCUGAGAAUUGACGUUAAUGAGCAUUAUGUAAGCGCAAUAAAGUUUGCUGUAGAGCAAAACACACAUUAAGCUUUAUGUUUGCAGUUAUGAUGGUUUUGAGAAUAGAAGGUAGAUCCACAUUCACAGAGAAAGUGCAUGCUGUUUUACAGUUCUUGCAUUGAUAUUGUUUGUAUUUUGCCUUCUUUGAUUUUAAUGUGAAUUGUUUUUACCAUAGGGGUCCGUGGAAUUUUAAGUAGACCAAGAAGAGAGGAUUUUUUUUUAAACUAAGCAUGGGUACUUUGCACUUCAAUUUCUGUAAUAUAUAAACGUUGAAUGUACAGUAUACAUAGACACUAAUGGUAGAUUAUCAGACAAGCUUAAUGAAAUGAAACAGCACAAGAACUUUCCAUUUAAGCAGGACCAAUGGAGCAACAUUAGAAAGGUUAUUAAUCAAAACCACUUUGUCUCGAAAUUCACUGACAUUAAUCUCUGCCAAUCCACAAAUAUAGACAAAUCCUAAAAAUAAGACUUCUUGUCCUGAUACACAUUGACACAUGGUCCUGACAUUAUGUAUAACCACUAAUUUCACCAUAUACCACUGUAAUUUAUACAUAUAUUUGCUCUCAUUAAUCAUCAUGUCUAAUAUUUCAACACUUGAGGUGCUUUAACAUAACUGUUAAAGAGGUAUAUUUGCAUCACGUGCGGUGCAAUCUGACAGCAUAUUGUUUUGAAGGAGAUGUUCAGAGCUGUACUCUAUUUGAAUGUGACUAGUAGUCACACAGAUAAGCUGUGUAUGUGUAUAAAUAGCUACUUGUCAGGAUAACAGUGCAUGUCACCUCAUAUGCUGAGAACACGAUUAGAUGCGGGAAGUUAAAGUUCUGGAGUUUUGUGAUAUCAUUUUUGUGUGGGUGUGUGUGCGUGUGUGUGUGUGUGCGUGUGCGUGUGUGUGUGCGCACGUGUGUGUAUGUGUGCGUGGCUGACAUGUUACAUAAGGUCUGUGCUGCUGGCAGAGCUCUCACUCCUGGCUCUCUCACACUGUCCACUCAGCCUGGUGUACUAGUUCAAUGAGAGGUGCCUGGGAUUUGAAUGAGAACUUUAGUGCGUCUCCUUAACCUCCUCCUCUUCCAUUGGAGCCAGUGGUGCCUAUGAAGUCUUACAUUUAUCAAGUGGGAAUAGACACUCAUCAUUAACUGUCACCGUGACUACACUACUUUCCUGUCUUGAUCUCAACAACACUAAAUAGAGUAUCAUCAAUAUAGACAGGACAUUACAACCCUAACAUGGAUAAAUAUGUCUGUGUAUGUGGCUUUUCCUGGCUUAAUCUCAAUGGACAGACACAAAAUAUCACUAAGUCUGAUCACUUUAAAUGCUAACGGUGGUUCUGUUUCAACUGGAAGGCCACUUUACACAGCUAUGAAUAUAGAUGCAUUCACAGGAAACUUUGUAACAUUUCAGUGUAUUUUUCUACACUAUUCUGGACAUCAAGAUGGACACAAUCUUGCUGCUGCUGUGAUGACUAGUUACGGUGUUACAUGCUGGGAUCGUUUGUGCACUUGGGUGAAAGGUGAAAUAUAUGUUGACUCCUAGCUGUACAUGAUUAUAAAUAAAUGUUCUUUUUUGUGUAGAAACACUGCA